CUGGUAAUGAGAUCACAAAGUUAGCGACGUGCUGGUAGGUGACAACGCUGUAAGGAUGACAUGUAAAAAGCUGUCAACAAGGAUAUCUAAUAGUUAUGUCUUGCUGCUCCUUACUUUAGUGACAUACCUAUGUGUGAUGGUAUUCUAUUACAAUGGGGACAUGUCAACAGUAGGGAGGGUGGUCCGCGAGCAGGAGCUGAGGAAGACGGUGCUGAGAGACGCCUGCAGAGAAAACAUGGAGGCCUAUCCCCAAGAUAAGCAAAGCUCGGACAAACGUAUCGAAGCAGCGCUACAUCACCUCCUUGUCGAUGAUGAACAUGGCGUCAUUUACUGCUUUAUAAAUAAGGUGGCAUGCACUAAUUGGAAGAGGUUCAUGAAUGCACUAAGAGAAGGCGAACCCUACCCUGAUCUCAUGAGCAUAUCUCCCACAAAGGCCCACAAUCGAAGAAAUCUGCGGAGCCUUGCCAGCUUCUCGAAAGUCGAGAUGGAGGCCAAGUUGAAGCACUACACCAAGUUCAUGUUUGUCCGUGAACCCUUUGUGCGCCUCAUCUCAGCCUUCCGGGACAAAUUCCUGUCGUUGAAUCAAAACUAUUACCAACGUAUAAGCCGAGGCCUUCUGCAUCGCUACGGCAACCUGUCUGACACCCCGCCGACUGUGAAGGAGGCGGUUGCGUUAGGCAUCCAGCCCACCUUCUACCAUUUUGUCCAGCACCUGCUGGACCCAGAGAGGAACAGGCGUUUGUUUGACAUUCACUGGAAGCAGUUUCAUCUCACGUGUCAACCCUGCUACAUCGAGUACGACUUUAUCGGGCAUCAGGAGACGCUUGAUGAAGACGCCCUGGAACUGCUAACGUCCUUGAACAUGGAGAAGCUCAUCAAGUUUCCCCCGGCCUACAAAAAUGUGUCGUCUCAUGCAUCAUUGUCGAAGUGGUUUAAAGAAGUGCCCCUGGAGGACAGGAGAAAGCUUUACGAGCUCUAUCAGAAGGACUAUGAGCUGUUUGGCUACGAACCACCUUACACUUUACUCAACGUCACACAAUAGAGGAGGAGCCUUUUUUGGGGGCUACUUGGUAAACUCUUGAGGACGUUCAACAUGGAGCACAGUCCUCCACCAAUGUAGUAAUCCUAAUUUGGUUCAAACCUUCAUAGAUAACUUCCGAUUACAUUAAAACUAGUGAUGCUAAACAAAUACACUAUUUAAAUCAGAAUAUUUACACUUUUGCAUUUUGACACACAUGAAAUUCAUACAAGAACAUAUUUUAAAUGUUUUACUUGAAAGUGCAUAGUUUAUUUGCACAAAAAGUGGCAACAGUUUUAUUUAAAGUUCAGCCAGGCUGUAUUUUGAAGUGAAAUUUGCCAGUGAGCACACCAGUCGGAAUCUCCUCACUCAUAUUUGCCGUAGAGCUGACCGUAAAGCGGUUCUUCUCAUUUUUCAGUUCUUCGGUGCAAUGCCAGGGGACUGACUGUUGCUAAUGUUUAUUUACAAGUAGGGAUUUACAGUAAACGGUAUAAUGAUAAACCGCGGUAAAAUUCCCGACGGUUAGUAAUAGUUUACAUUUUUAAUUUGAGUCGCUGGGCCCCUCGGGGCGGGGCAUCUCGCCUUUUUACCCGCCCGACGGUUGGUAAUACCGUUUGAAUAUUCAAUUACUGAAAAACCGUCAUUUAUUAAUGCAUUUUAAGCAACACUGGUUACUACUCCCCUCAUCUCAUAGGGGGUGAUCAAGGGUGAUGGGUCGAAUACAGAGAAUAAUUUUGCCACACCUAGUGUGUGUGUGACAAUCAUUGGUACUUUAACUUUAACUUUUAACUUCCUGGAAAAAGAGUCACAGCACUGCUGGCGCAUCCGCACUAGCAUCAUUUGGCUUGGAAAAUACAUGGUGGAACACAACACGGACUUUGCUACUGAGAUUUACUCUUGGAGUAAACAGAGCCGAGCUCUUGGUUCAACUUCAUUUUCCCUCCCUUAAAUUCUGUGGUGUCUCGGCGUGCGUUUAAGAUGGCGACAGGUGUGGACAAUAUUGGAGACAGACACAUUUGUCUUCCACUAAAAGUAUACAGCAAAGAAGAAAACCAUUUGAUGUUGCUUUUUUCUUCUCAUCACAGCAUCCAUCAGCUGUGACUGAGAGUUACUGAGGUGAGGAAACAUGCAGCAGGUGAUAAGUCGUGAACGUUGUCACAAUUUGUUUAUAAAGUCUGUAGUUUGUUUACUGGGAUGGAUGUGACUAGGAUGGCGGAAGUGGGGAUCGAACCUGGAACCCUCAAGUUGCUGGCACGGCCACUCUACCAACCGAGCUAUACCGCCAGUCAAUAGUAUAUAGCUAUAUAGUCAGUGAGACACGCUAUUUUCGUUAUUAGCCUCUGUGAGAUAAACACUGACAUUUAUUACUUAUAUAUUGUUAUUUAUAGCUCAAACAUUGCAUAAGGAACUUAAAUCAAUUCAUCAUUAACUGAGGGGGCAACUUCUUGACUGUUAGACACUGUUGAUAAAAGCUUGACUUUUUAUGGGAAACUCGGUAGACGUUUGUUUUUAAAUCACAUCAUUUAGUAUCUUAUUGCUUUGUAUUUUAAUCACUUACAUGUUAGUAAAAGAAAUAUGACCUAA